AUGGUUAAAACAACAUUUGGAAAAAAUAUAAUAACUUGUUCAAUUUAUUAUAAUGAAAAUGACUCUCCUGUUUUUCUGAUUGAUUGGAUUAAAGAUGAUGAAAAUUUUAAUGUAUAUUCAGAAAAUUCAACAACAGAUGCUUCUGAUUUAUAUUUCAUGAAACUUGGAUCAAAUUUACAAAAGUCAGGAAUAUUAAUGUUUGGAUUGCAAUUAGAAUGCCUUAAAAAUUAUCGUGAACAAAAUCCUCUUAAAGAAAAAUGUCAGAGAUUAAGGGUUAUAUCAGUAGGCCAAGAUAUUCGACAGACAUUUGAAAGUAGUGAGUCAUCUGCUUUAAAUAUUAACAAAGAUUUAGAACAAGCAUCAUUAAUCAAAACAAUAUUUGAAGCAAAUGAUAUUUGCUAUGAACUUUCUUAUGAUAAAAAAAAUUCAAAUGUUGAAGAAGCCAUUGUCAAAGUAAUGGAUGAACAUAAUAUUAGUAGAGAUUCAUAUAGAGCAUUAGCAGCAAUAAUUCAUUCUUUACCACAUGAAUAUGUUAUAGAGAAAAGAAGAAAUAAAAUCAAUCAAAUAAUUACUGAAAAAGUACCAAUUUCCACUUUUAAUACAUCAAGAGAAAAUCCUGUGGAAAAUGACACAAGUGAUGUGGAUAAUGAUAGUGGCAAUGAUACAGAAGAAGAAAUCAAUGAAAAUAUAAUUGUAGCAGAGGAGUCAUGUAGAAAUGGAGUCUGA